GAGAAAAAGGACGAUAAAAGAGUUUUUUCUCAAGGAAGAAAAAAAUCUCUCACGGCGGAUCCUGCUAACAGAAAUCCUAUCGUGAAACGCAUUCGAUCGAUCGCUCUCGUAUAAUUAGCGAAACCAGUGACAAUAGAUUACGUCAGUGUGGAUCGAGAUAGAAUAAUAAAUAUCUAAUUUGUCCAAUUUUUUCAAGAUCGAUCUCUUUCUCUCAAUGUGUUUUACACUACGGGAAAUCAAUUUUCAAGUGUGCGAAAAUGAGAUAAUCCGUAGGAAGUCACGGUGCUCGCGACCGGACAGCACCAUUUAAAACGGACGUCGUGAAAUUAAUUCGACGAGAGAUUCCAAUCGCGCUCUUGGAUUUGGCUGCGAGCGGUUUACACCGGGGCCGGAGGUAUCGCACCGUCACGCCAACCGGACGGUUAAUUUAAUUUCGAGGUGCGUUUCUCACGCCUGCGAAAUCAGUUUUGACCGCGCGCGGAACGCGACGAUUAAAUGGAGACGGGUGCCCUCCCCCCCGUCAUUCCUAACCGUUCCACUUUCGGUGGCCGUGCGUGAAAUCGUGCCGAGAAGCGAAAACGAAUUCGAAAUGGUCACGCCGGUGUGCGGCGCAUGUGAGCCUCUCCUUUUACCACUGCAAAAAUAUAAUCGCGGUGCGAUAACCUGCGGGGUCUUCAAAAGUUUUCGCGCUUCGAUGAAUCGCGGCGAAAAACAGGUGGAUCGGCCAGAAAAACCGCCCGGCGUUCGAAGAUCGAUCGAGCAAAACGAAUCGGAAUAAUUGAAUUAUCGGAAGCCCGAAGAGACAGAGAGGACGCGGACCCCGCGGGACGACCAUACAUGGUUGUCGUCUGCCUACGAAGCCGAGAGGAAGAAGCGGGAUCGCGUUGUCGCGAUCGCGUGGGAGGCAUUUUUUCCGCUAAACGAGGCGGAGAGACAAAUUCGUGCGCUCUCUCCGGAACCUACAGUCGCGAACAGAGCGCAGACUGUUUAAAGCCGCGGAUCUUACGAGUACACUCGUUAUGAGACGAACGGGUCUUCCAAGAACGACAUGAUCGGCGCCGCCGCGAUCUCUUUCUUCGACGCGUCGCGAGAACGCGUGCCGAGACGAAGACGACCGACAGAUCGAAUAAGAUCACCGCAGAGACGAGAGGAACCUGAUUCUGGAGCAAGUUUGUGCCGCCAAGUAGCCAGCAAUUCGAAUAAUUAGCUACAACUAGUUCGUUAGGAUCGUGGCUAAAUCUCCACGCGAAUCGAAUGGCCGCGAGCAAACGAGAUAGGAAACUUGCCUUCGAAAGGCUAUGAGACAGAGAGAAAAAGAGAGAAUUUUACAGAGGAUAAAACGAAGCAAAUGAAAUGGAAACGGAUGGACAGAUCGCGAAUCCACUGCUGAGAAAAAGCGUAAAAGAACGGUCACAUCGCGCAGAAAUUGUAUACGGAAUGAAGUAAAUAUUAAGAUUGCACAGUGUUGAUCCGUAUAGCAUUUACAUUCGAGAUGCAAUUGUGGCUAAAGUGCAUUAUCGAAACAAGCCCCGUUUGCAGAGGACCCUCGCGAAAUAAACCGCGAGCGUUUUAUUUCGUCGCGAUUACGCUUGUGACAAAUGCGCACGACGAAUGAAGAUUUCCGCUACGUAUAAAAAUAAUAAUAGGGAAGAAAGAAGAAAGAGAGAGAGCAAGAGAGAGAGAGAGAGAGAGAGGGGGGAGAAGGAAAAGGAGAACAUGCCGGUCGCGGGAACGAGAAAAUUAUGCAGAGUGGGACUCGCCGCGAUCUUGGUCACCGCGCUGUGCAUCCUGACUCUGUUAGACUCACCGCCAGCACGACUCCCGGAUCUACCGACCGAUCCUCCUCCCACGCCUGGGGGUGAACCGCCGGGCACAAGAAGCAUCGUCGCUUAUUCGUGGGCUCGAAGAUUGGCACUCGAUUACAGGCCCACCAAGCAGUGCGACGGUAAUGGAACGCGCGGAAUGGCGUUAAACGCGUACGAGUCGCCCGGCACGAAAUGGCUCGAGACAAUCCCGGGACGGCUCUUCCUGUAUAGCGCCCACUUGGACCUCAGAGUCGUCGGUUACCCAAGCAUCAGAGUGAUUGGCGUUAAACGAGGAGCUCUGCCGUCCUCCGCGCUCUUCUGCACUAUAUGGUAUCGGGAGCACGGUGAGACACGAUCGUUGAGCGUGGAGGCGCUCGUCUCGACGAUCUGGCUGGACGAAUGGGACGGCGCGGCGGACAGUUACACUGGAAUCCUCGUGAAUUGUCAAUUGCCGUUAGAUGACUCGAUACGCCGGCCGUCUCGGAUCUACGUGGGUCCGAAUCCCUGCUACGAGAAUGCUAGUCAUAGUUUAACGACCCGCUCGGAAUACGGCGACGAGAUCUCCGUCGAGCGAAAAGGGCGCCAAGAGUUCACCUUGUGCAUCAAGGGACUGGACUUUGACGAGGAUAUAUCGCGCAAGCUCAUAGCCUUCGUCGAGUUACACCGCAUUCUAGGCGCCGAACUGUUCUACUUCUAUGUAUUCAACGUGCAUGAGAAUGUGCUAAAAGUGCUGCGACUGUACGAGCGAUCAAACGUGGUGCGAUGGUUCGCGCUCGAUCUACCGGGCGAUUUGCCAAACGAGAAAUCGAGCCGGAGGCGAUUCUUCGGCGAGGAUAUCUGGACGAAAAGGCGAAUGGAGCUAAUCCCGUACAAUCACUGCUUCUACGAGAAUAUUCAUCGAUCGGAGUUUGUGGUGCCGAUCGAUAUCGACGAGGCGAUCGUGCCGACGCGUCGGAAAACGUGGCACGAGCUGUUGCUGGACGAGCGCGCCAAGCUCGGCAGAAGCUUCAAGGAUUUCGCCUCGUAUUCUGUACGAAACGUCUAUUUCUUCCCCGAGUUGCAAAACAAGAGCGAGACCGAUCGGUCGACCGGACUCGGCGAGAAACCCCGACGCUCGGUCGAGCAGCAUCCGGAUUACUUAGAUACCAUGAGAACGGCCAAUAUCUCGCCCGAAGGUGAUUCGGUAAAGAGCUUCGUAUCUACGAGGCGUGCGCUAACGGUGCACAAUCACUAUGCUCUGGCCACGCUAAACCCGUCGACCAGGCGGGCUCAUCAUCUGGACUCGAACGACGUGCUCAAGCAUCAUCACCGGGCGUGCGACAGCCGACAUCUCGACUGCGAUCUCUUAAUGGAAGACGUUAGGAUCGACGAGUCCGCCCUACGCUACGCGGACGAGCUCAGGACAAGAAUGAGGAUCGCUUUGGCCGAUCUCGACGCUUUGCCAUAGACAUAGACUGUAGUAAUAUUGUAAAUAAUAAAGGUCUCUUCUCGAAAUCCUCGUCUCUUGUAUCUCACAAAUGCAUGUUAACUCCUUGUGAUAAUCCCCGAAAUAUCUCUCACGCGUAUGACUUAAAUUGCUUUAAAAUCUCGAAACGGUAUUCAAUUUCCUUUAUAUUAAGACAAUGUUAUGAUUACAAAAGCUACUUUUUUCUUUGAUACAAAAGCUACUUUUGAAAAAAUAGUUUUAUCAUUUCU